AUGCGAGCAGUGGGAACGCGAGCCGCAGCGAGAGCAAUGGGCUGCAGCCAGCGCCAUGGCGUCGUCUCGAACGUACCGCUACGAAGCGUUUCUUUCUCCUCUUCUAUGUCUCUGCACCGUGGCUCGAUGCAGGCGCUUGUACCGACCGCUAGGAGCUUUGCAUCGACACCAUCCCGUUCGCCCGUGGGAGACGAACCUAAGCAUAAGUUCGCAUGGGCCGUAACAGCUAUGGCGCCGCCGUCUCCUGGUCGUGGGUUCAUUGGGCGGUCCACUAAUGUGGACGUGACGACAUCGGAGAACCCUAUCAAGCGCUGGCACUGGCUCUGGAAGAUGCUGGGGUUCCUGAACGAGGACGACCGUCUGUUUCGACACUCGACGGCUGUGUUCCAGAGCUGCAUGAACCGCACAGCGAGACCAGAGUACUAUCAAGCACUGGGACUGUCGCGCUCGUUUCGAUCGCAGCAGGCGCUGCUCAUGGUGCACGUGUGGCUCGUCCACCGUCGCUUGGCGGUGGAAGGAGAGCAGGGCAAAGUCAUGCAGGAGCUCAUGUUUGACCGCUUGUGGGAGGAAACUGUCGUGCGGAUUCGGUACUAUGGCAUCUCGGAACUUGCGGUGAACAAGCACUUGGCGGAGGUGCAGCAAGUGUGCUUUAACGCCUGCAUUGCGUACGACAAGGGCUUGAAGAACGGGCCGAGUGUGCUGCAGUCUGCUGUUGCCCAGCAUCUACUGGAGAAUGAGACAGUAGAGGGGUUGCGGACUGCCAGCAUUAUGGCAACGUACAUGAAGCAGGAGCUCAAGAACCUGGAGAAGGUGGAUGCCAAGUACAUUAUGGAAGGCACCAUCCCAUGGAGCUCGCUACCAGCGACUCCUGCGACUGCGGUUGACAAGCCCGAUCCUGACGACGACAACGACAACGACAUGGUGCUCAUUGGACAGCGUUUUGGCAAUUGGCGGUCAGCAUUGGACAACCGCGGGAAACUCUACUACUGGAAUCUCACGACGCGGUACUCGGUCUGGGAUCGCCCCACGGGCGACAAACUACACGAGGGAAGUGACGAGCACAAGUCGUCGUAA